AUUUGUUUUCCAAAAUCACGGAGAACACCAUGACAUUCAUAACUGAAACAUUUUCUGCAGGAAUGUCGUGAACAUUGUGUGCGAAGAUGGUGUUAGCUUCUUGGAAAUAUACGAGUGUAGCGAACGAUGGAAUGGUAUUCUUACCUGUGAAGCUACAAAUUCUGCCGGUUGUUGCAAAGUCUCAACGAUACUGUCGACCAUACGUGCAGAACCGGCAGAACGUCCGGUAGAGAUUCACCUUACAAAUGUUCCCUGCCAAGCGGACGCUGAAAUCACGUUACCAGGAGGAGAAAGUGGAGAUUUUGAGAAAGCUAUGUACAGAGUUGGGGAAGAAACCGAGAGACCCCCUUCGGUUUCCUGGUCGAUGUCCCCAUCAGAAAGGAGUUUUUCUGAAACGAGCACAUCAUCAGCUGCAGGACAGAAACCUAGCUUUGUACUCAGAAUGCCAGCGCAGAUAUACACAAAGGUCAAUGAGAACAUCCAGUUGAAGUGCGUUUUCUCUGGACAACCACUGCCCGCUGUUACUUGGGAAAAAGAUGGAAAUCUUGUUGAUUUGAACAAGUAUGUUGUUACUAUAUAA